GAGAGAGCAUGAGACAGAGAGAGAAGACGAGAGGAGAGAGGAAUGACGGAGGCUUUUGGCGUUGGCGCCGACCGUGUUUUCCGUCAGUGGAUCCGAUUAAUAGAGAGAAGAGGAAACUGAGGAAGUGAUAAAAGAGAGAGGAGAGAGACAGGAAAGAUCGGAUGAAUAGAGGAGAAAAGUGGAAGAAGAUGUGAGGGAAGACGCAUUGGAUCUCGCCGGAGAAUGUCGAGUGGAUGAAUUAAAGAGGAGAUUGGAAGAAGAUUCAAGUGGAGAAUGCAAAUCUGGCCGGAGGUGGUGACGCGGAGGUGUGGAAGAAGGGGCGACCGACGACUUCCGUAUUCACUCGCUCUCUUCCUCUUUCUCGUAUUUAUCUUCCAGUUUCCAUGCCUUUGUUUUGGUUUAUGCACAGUUAAACAUAGGAGCAGACUAAUUUUCAGAAUUUUGUGUGGUUAUGGUUAUGGUUUUAUUAUUUAUUGUAUUUUCUCUCAAAUUUAUUUAUGUUUUCACGUUUCCUUUUAUGGACACUGCAACUGAGACAGAAAACAGCGGAUGAAUUGAAGAGAGAAAUGGAAGAAGAUGUGAGAAAAGACGGUGGAUCUCGCCGGAGAAGGUGGACGUGAGUAGAAGAAUAUGCCAGCAAAGAAUGAAACUCUCGCCGGAGGUGGUGCCGCCAGAAGACUUUCGUACAUUCUUUCUAUCUUUCCAUAUCUUUGUGAGUUCUAUGUUUUGGUACUGUUAGGGUUAGAGUUAGGGUUUUAUUUUUUUUUUAUUGUAUUUUCUCUCAAAUUUAUUUAUGAUUUCCGAUUUAGCGUUUCCUUUUAUGAAUACCUUCACCUACACCAAUCUUUGCUUUUUUUAAUCUGCUCUUCAAACGAUGCUGUUCCUCUUUGAUUUAUUUUCCUCUCUUGCCCCUUCUCCUAAGGAUUCUGGUUAGUUCCAGUAUGGUAGUCACCGGGCGUCCGCAUUGUCACCUCCUUUUUCAUUCAUAUGUAGUGGUUUAUACGCCUGUUUGAUUUUGUUUUUGUUUUAUUUAAUUUUUUUUACACGGUUAUGCCUAGGGGCUGAGGAUGCGAUUAGCAACAUUUCAUAUUCCUGGGCAAAGUUCAGAUUGUGCUGCCACCUGCAGCAAAUAUAUUAUUUUGUUUAUAUGUUCAAAUGUUAUGGAGAAACUGCUUAUCUAGUAUCCAUAUUCAUAGAAUCCAUGCUAUGUCUGGUCCAUUAGUUGAGAUAAAUGGUUCUAGCUCUGAAUACCAUGGUGGGUGGGUUGCCAGGCGGAAUUAGAUAUUUAGAAAGGAUGCUGCUAGGUUAUUUUAUGUCAACGAUUUCAUGCUUGUACUGCCACUAUAAUAAAUUUGCAAUUAAUUU